AUGCUGCCGGCCCGGAGGCCGAUGCGGUUCGGCCACAGCGAGGGCCACACGGAUGUCUGCUUCGAUGACAGCGGGAGCUGCAUUGUAACUUGUGGUGGUGAUGGAGAUGUGAGAAUUUGGGAAAACCUGGAUGAUGAUGACCCAAAGUCCAUUAACGUGGGAGAAAAGGCCUAUUCAUGUGCUCUGAAGAAUGGAAGACUGAUCACAGCAGUGUCAAACAAUACUGUUCAGAUACACACAUUUCCUGAAGGAGCUCCAGAUGGCAUCCUAACUCGUUUCACCAUGAAUGCAAACCAUGUCAUCUUUAAUGGUGAUGGUACCAAAGUUGCUGCUGGAUCAAGUGACUUUAUGAUCAAAGUUGUGGAGGUGGCUGACAGCAGCAAGCAGAAAACGUUCCGAGGACAUGAUGCUCCUGUUUUAAGCCUGUCUUUUGACCCCAGGGAUGUUUACCUGGCAUCAGCAAGCUGUGAUGGUUCUGUCCGAGUGUGGAACAUGGCAGAUCAGACAUGCACAACAAGCUGGUCACUGCUGCAGAAAUGUAAUGAUGUGGUAAAUGCCAAAUCAAUAUGCAGGCUUGGCUGGCAACCUGGCAGUGGGAAGUUGCUGGCAGUUCCUGUAGAUAAAGUUGUUAAACUGUACAGAAGAGAAACCUGGGAGAGUCAUUUGGAUCUGUCAGAUACAUUCAUCACACAGCCCUUGAAUGUUGUGGCCUGGUCUCCCUGUGGACAGUACCUGGCAGCUGGAAGUGUGGAUGGGAGUAUAGUGGUCUGGAAUAUGGAAACCCAGGAGUGCAUAGAGAGGAUGAAGCAUGAGAAAAAUUACACAAUUUGUGGACUGGCAUGGCACCCCAAAACCAGGCAAAUUGCUUAUACAGAUACUGAAGGAAAUCUGGGCUUGUUGGAAAACAUUGGGGAUGCAAAGAAAUCAAAUGACAAGGUUGCCAGUGCAGUGACAAAAGACUACAAUGAUCUCUUUGAUGGAGAAGAUGAGGACUAUUUAAAUGGAGACAUGAUUGAGCCACAGUCUUCCCCAAGGGCCAAUGAAGAUGAUGAUGAUCUUAGGCCAACUUCAGGCCAUUUGAGACGGGCAAUAAUUGAUGAUGAUGAUAACUCACUAGAUAUUGGAAUGAUAAAAGCUAAUUCUAAUAAUCUUGAGAAGGAAGACGAUGAUGAUGAUGAUCAGACUGGCUUUCCAGCUUUACCACCAUCAUCUACCCAACAGCCUUUCUAUGAUGGGCCAAUGCCAACCCCCAAGCAAAAGCCAUUCCAGUCUGGCUCCACUCCUGCACAUCUCACGCAUCGUUUCAUGGUGUGGAAUUCUGUUGGCAUAAUUCGCUGUUACAAUGAUGAGCAGGACAAUGCUAUAGAUAUAGAAUUCCAUGAUACCUCCAUCCAUCAUGCAACACACCUGCCAAACUCCCUGAACCAUACCAUGGCUGACCUCUCAAUUGAAGCUGUUUUACUUGCCUGUGAGAGCACAGAGGAACUCGCAAGCAAGCUCCACUGCAUUCAUUUUAGCUCGUGGGAUACAAACAAGGAGUGGACAGUAGAUAUGCCAAAGGAUGAAGACAUUGAGGCCAUCUGUCUGGGUCAGGGCUGGGCUGCUUGUGCCACCAGUGCCUUGCUGGUCCGUGUGUUUACGGUUGGAGGAGUUCAGAAAGAGAUCUUCAGUCUCCCAGGUCCAGUGGUGUCUAUGGCAGGACAUGGAGAGCAGCUGAUGGUUAUUUACCACAGAGGUACUGGGUUUGAUGGUGACCAGUGCCUUGGAGUACAGCUGAUGGAGCUAGGAAAGAAGAAAAAACAGAUUUUGCAUGGAGACCCUCUUUCUCUUACAAAGAAAUCCCAUUUGGUUUGGGUUGGAUUCUCUGCAGAAGGCACCCCUUGUUACGUGGAUUCUGAGGGGAUGGUGCGGAUGUUGAACCGAGGGCUUGGGAAUACUUGGAUUCCAGUGUGUAACACAAGAGAGCACUGCAAAGGAAAGUCUGAUCAUUACUGGGUAGUUGGCAUCCAUGAAAAUCCCCAGCAACUCAGGUGUAUUCCUUGCAAAGGAGCCCGGUUCCCUCCAACGCUCCCCCGGCCUGCUGUAGCAAUAUUAGCCUUUAAACUUCCUUACUGUCAAGUUACAACAGAAAAGGGACAGAUGGAGGAGCAGUACUGGCGUUCUGUCCUGUUCCACCACCACCUGGGUUACUUAUCAAAAAAUGGCUAUGAACUUGAUGGAAACAUUACAAGUCAGGCAGUGAGAGAGCAGCAGGAACUUCUGAUGAAGCUGUUUGCUCUUUCUUGCAAACUGGAGCGUGAGUUUCGCUGCAUGGAGCUCGCUGACCUCAUGACACAGAACGUGGUGAAUUUGGCUAUCAAGUAUGCCUCUCGUUCUCGAAGGCUAAACUUAGCUCAGAGACUUAGUGAAAUGGCUGUAGAAAAAGCAAGUGAGUUGGCAACAGCCCCAGGAGAUGAAGAGGAAGAAGAGGAUUUCCGAAAGCACUUGAAUGCUGGUUACAGCAGCUCUGCCUCAGAGUGGAGUCGGCGGCCAGUCCGAAGUGUUCAGCACGACCAAGAAAUGGAAGAUGCUGAGGAAGCUGAUGCUUAUGAGGAAGCAGAAGAAACACCAGAAGUGCCUAAACAGAGGCCAAAUCCUUUCUCCAAAGGUGUGACUUCUGCAGAGGUGACUACUCCAAAGCCUGUUGUAGUUGCAUCAAGCAGCCAAGGACGAGUGAAUCCCUUCAAGGUGUCAUCUAGCAAAAAGGACCCAGUGGUCCCCUCAGCAAAUGUUCUAGACACUAUGAGCAAAUACUCAAAGAAAACUUCUUCAUCUGGCAGUCGAGCUGCAAACAAGCAAAACCCUCCAGUUAUAAAGCCUCUGAUUCCCAAACCCAAGUCCAAGCAGGCUUCAGCAGCCUCCUUCUUCCAGGUUCGUACCCCGACCUCCAAUGAAAAGACAGGAGAAGAAAGACAAGAAGAAGCAGGACAUGAGCCCCAUGAAGUCCAAGUAACUGCACAGGAGAACACUGAAAACAGAAGACCAAAGACAGGAUUCCAGAUGUGGCUAGAAGAGAACAGAGCAAGCAUUUUGGCAGAUAAUCCUGAUCUGAAUGAAGCAGAAGUCAUAAAAGAAGGCAUGAGUCGAUUCAGAGUGCUGUCAUCAGAAGAAAGAAAGGUGUGGACUGAGAAAGCAAAAGGAGGAGCAGUUAAUGAUUUAGCAGAAGAUAAAAAGAGAAAACGUCCCACAGCUGAGGAGGGUGAGGUGAAAAAGAACCAGGAACAAACCUCAGAGGACUCGAAUUUAUCCAAAAAACCAAAACCUUUAGAUCAAUCUACCAACGUCCGCUUGUCAGCUUUUGCAUUCAAGCAGAGCUAA